GUAUGUAAAUCCUUAAACGUCCCGACGGCCCGGUAACAUAUUCACUGGAUUCAAAAAAAAAAAAAAAUACGGGCCUACUUCUUUACCAUUUCUUAUAAUUCGGGCGGCUGGUAGCAAGGAAAUUAAAAAAAGUAGAUUUUCCCAUGUAUUUUUGGACCACCCUAAUGCAUGUAUAUGUACAUAAAUAAGUGCGCGACGGACUACAAUUGCCAAAACACAACAUGACGUAAAAGGCGAAAAGAUAAGACAAAAAAAGAAGGCGAAGACCUGCGCUAUGCUUCGAAGUAGAUGCGAACGUACAUUAGACUUCUACGUUUUAUAAAAAAAUUUAUUUUAUUUAUUUGUUGCGCAGAGAACGUGUGGCGUAGCGCGCGGUCCUAACUUCUUCAAGCGCUGUGGACGUGUUUACCUAAGCGCACCCGAGCAUAUCAAGAAUUACGCGGCUGUGUGCGUUGUUGUUGGUGCAGUUAAUUAACUCGCAACUUGGUCAAAGCUAUGCGUAUCCUAUCCUAACCCCUUUUGUUAAGACUUAGUUAAAAUAGUGAAACAAGGUAAAAAAGCAUAAAACAAAUAUAAAAGUAAUUGAUUAAUUUUCAUAGUUUUGCGUCAAAGAGGCAUAGAAUCACGAACAACCAACGCAUUUAAAUGAGUGAAACGGAAAAAAGAGCUCAAAGCCACAUCAAGUGUUCGAAAAGAAAAACAAAAUACAUAAAUAACUUGUGAAAACCCAACGAACAAACAAAGCGACAUUGCCUAUAUUUGCUAUAUAUCAACUAACACAUACGUACAUACGUUUGUACAAAGUAGUGAACAAAACAAACAAAAAAAACAAAAACACAAAAAACAGGCCGCUGAGAUAUCGGAAAACACCUCCAGCCGGCCAGGUGUCAUUUUCUACAAGCACCCGAACUAAAAUCAAUCAGCGCCUUUGUUUUGCCGCUGAUUUCGGUUUACUUUUGUUGCACGCGAACGAAGAACAGCUAGUGCCCUGCAGCACUUGCAGACCACCUCCGCGGCAGCUGCCAGCGUCAUGGGCAGCGUUUGGAAGCGUUUGCAGCGCGUCAAUAAACGUGCGGCGAAAUUUCAAUUUACCUCAUCGUAUCAUGAACUGCGAUUGGAGACCACCGCCAAAUGGCGCCCUUCAAAUCUUUCCGUGGUUUGGACGCGUCGCUCACGCCGUGUUAUUUCGGCGCCACUGGCCUGGGAGCCAGAUAUGGUGAAUCCGCUGGUCGGUCACAUAGCUUGGCCGGUGCCAGAUAAUCACUCGAUUUCGGUGACAUUAUUCAAAGAUCCGCGCACCCACGAACUAGAAGAUAAGGACUGGACGUUUGUCAUAGAAGAUAUCACUCCACUCGGCAAGAAGCGUGUCUUAGCCUCAGCGAGUAUAAAUAUGCGCAAAUACGCCAGUAUUGAGUCGACCCAGCAGAGCUUUACGCUUAGCUUAAAGCCGACCUCACGAAAGAUUACCGCCGCCGAAUUGGAAUUGACACUUAGUUGUGUGUUCCUGCGCGAGGGCAAAGCGACGGAUGAAGACAUGCAGAGCGUCGUUUCUCUGAUGUCCGUCAACAAUAAUUGUGAUGUUGCUCCACUGGACGACUUAGAGGAUAUACCCGAUCUGGAGAGUUCGGGCGAUAUUUCGGAUCAUUUAUAUGAUUUCACGCAACAGCUGGAGCAAAUGACGACUAGUUUGAACGGUUGUAUGGACCUGCCAACGCCAUUGAGUGUUCCUUCCUUGUCCGAAGACCCAACUCCAUUGGCCGAACAUAAUCGUUUGAAUUUUGAAUUCGAAUCAGAGAAACAAUUUGACUUCGAUGUCAGCGACGAGCUGCUUAAGACGCCCAGCGCUGCACAACCUCAAGUGCAGCAACAGCAAUCAGAUCAACAGUCUGAGAGGGAAAACACCGUUGCUGAUAAAGAGCCGAAGCAUUCAGUUCCUGCACUGACACCUGCCCAUCCUGCGGGAGUGAAGAGUAAAAUUGUUACAUCGACCCCAAUUGCCAACUCUGGCACUGCCAAGACGACCGAACGCAAGCCGAGCGCAGUGAGUGAAGUUGGUGCGCGUCGCUCAAUCGACUUCCAAGGCGCCAAGAGUAGCAGCACAAGCAACAGCGAGGAGUCACCGCAACAAAAUGGCGAAAUCAGCAAAGUGGUGACCAGCGCUGCAGUCUCUGUUACAGGUGAAGCUGGUGAAAAGACACAAUUGGCAGAAGCGAAAGCUGAAGAAAGGCCAACUAAGUUCAGUGGCACCAAGUCUACAACACUUAGCUCCUUGCUGUCUAUGUCGACCCCUGCUGCAGCAACAGCAACGACGUCAAUUAAACCGGGUGAGAGUGAAGAGUCGAAGGGCAAGUCGGUAAGCGUUGGCAACGUUGCGCCACCCAAACCCGCGCGUAACGACAUCAAACGCGCCGAAUUGCAGCCGCUCAAUUUGAAGAAGAGCUAUGAGCAUGACAACAACAGCAAGAGCAACAACAGCAUUGCCAUGACCAACAGCAUCAGCAAUCCAAACAACAAUAAUGUGAGCAGCAUUAACUGCAACAACAGUCUGACGGUGAAUGGUUCCGCUAAGACAGUGGAGAAAAUCGUCUUGAAAGAGAAUACACCAGGGCAAGAUUUGCUGGAGUGGUGCAAAGAUGUGACUAAGGACUAUCCGAAUGUGAAGGUGACCAAUUUGACGACCAGCUGGCGUAACGGCAUGGCGUUCUGUGCAAUCAUCCAUCACUUUGAGCCGGACCUGAUUGACAUGUCGAAAAUCUCCGCACACGAUGUGGUGGGCAAUUGUCGCACCGCCUUCGAUGCCGCCGAAUCGCUUGGCAUACCGCGCGUCAUUGAGCCACGUGACAUGAGUUUGCUGGCUGUGCCGGACAAAUUGGCUGUCAUGACGUAUCUGCAUCAGUUGCGAGCGCAUUUCACAGGCAAACAGCUGCAAAUUGAACAAAUUGGACCCACGUCAGACGAGUCAAGUUAUGUGAUCGGUAAUUACAAGUCGGACAACCUUUCGCAGAAUCUACUCAAUUUAAGCCACUUGAAAGCGCAAUUGUUGCAUCAGAAUUCGCUCGACGAUGACAUCUUAGGCAUCGAGGCGAAAAACAAUUCAACGCCAGCACAACCUUCGCCAACGGCGAAGAAGGAUGUAAAGAAUUUAAUACUCGCGGGCUCGAAGAAUAUUUUGGGCAAAGUGCUUUCGCCAACAAAGGAUAAGAAUUCGAUCAAUGCAUCACAUCAUAGUCAUGUGGGCAAUCAGACAGCUCCCAUCGAGGACAAGGAGAAUACAAAUGCCGACACGGGUGUUGGUGCUUCAACGGAUGACUUUUAUAAUAAAUCGAAUUUGGUGCAAUCAGAAACAAAGCAGGGGACGCCCCAUUCGCCAACAGCGCUGGAUCCCAAUGCGGCGAAUCGCAUUUUGUCUCGACACAAAGAAAUGAGUGAAAAAGCUAAAUUGAUGAUCGAGAAGCUGAAAAUUUCCAACGGCGUUGAGCGCAACGAGAACGACGAGGAACGUCAGCUACGUUUACGUGAGCAAGCGCGUCGCCUAAUUCUCGAGACUCGUACCAAAUCAGUUAAUGGCGGCGGCGGUGGCGGCAACUUGGAUAGCCCGACCACACCCACCAAGCUGAAACGCAUGAACUUCUCACCUGAACGCACCAUUUCACCCAUCCACAAUGGCAUCGAGGACUAUGGUGUGCCAAGCUUGGGCAACAAUUCACCGACAAAGGUGCCAAUGUCGCCAACGAAGAAGAUCACACCGCCGCGCGACGUGGAUGCCUUGUCGGCGACAACCAAUAGCAAUAGUAAAAUGUUGAGUCCUAGUCAUAGAUUAAGCGAACGCUUCAGCAACGGCACGAGCAACAGCGGCGGCAACAGUCCACUGCAGUCAUUCAAUGCCGUCAUGGAGCGUAUCUCACCAAAGAAUGAUAAGAAGGGUGACAAACUCUCCUACAUCGAAUCGGAAUUGGAAGCGCUCGAGCGUGAACAGGUAGCCAUCGACCAGAAGGCAAGCAGCCUGGAGAAGAAACUGCGCGCAGUCAUGGGCGGCAAUCCAAAAACCGAUGAAACGGAGGAGCAAUUGCUGUCGCAAUGGUUUACGCUCGUCAAUAAAAAAAACGCGCUGCUACGACGCCAAAUGCAGCUCAAUAUACUUGAGCAAGAAAGCGAUUUGGAGCGUAAAUACACGCUUUUAAAUCAGGAGUUGCGUGCCGCGCAGUCCGUUGAAGAUUGGCGGAAAACGGAAGCACAACGUGAAAAGGAGCGACUGCUGCUCGAGGAACUAGUGUCCAUUGUGGACAAACGUGAUCAGUUGGUGCAGCACUUACACAGUCAGGAAAUUGCUAUCGAGGACGAUCAUGAGAUUGCGCGUGAACUGGAACAGGUGGAUAUCAGUGGCGACAAGGACAAGUGCGUUUUGCAAUAAAUCGCCAAGGCGCUAAAAUUUAAAAUAUGUCUCUCGUCCGCAACUCGCAACGCAGUGAAGACGACUCUUGAGUAAAAAAACAAUUAAUUCGCAUUAUCUAAACAAUUUUGGGAAAUCCCAAAAAAAGAAUGAUUAUGAAUACAUUUUUACAAUGCGUUUACGCAUAAAAAAUCGUAACUUAUUAUGAAGAAACGUUGAAUGAAAAUUCUCCGGUAGUUAGUGUUCAAGAUGAAUUCAUUUUCUACAACAGCGACAGUCAAGUCAAGUAAAAAUUUUCCUUGGGCAUAGCAAUUACUUAUUGAUUAAUCAACAAUUUGCUUGUUUGCAUAAAUAAUUCCGCCUUACGAAAGCGUGGAUGAACCGAUUUGAAAUUAAAAAUCAAAUACUUAGGCCGAUACACUGGGUGACAUAACAAGUGGUUUUGUCAUUAGGCCAUACAUUUUUGUAAGGUUAAAAAUUCGUGACAAUGUGGUGGUUAUAACAGUUGGUGAAUGCCCUAACUACAUACAUACCUAUGUAACAUUUGGUUCCUGAGCCUUUCGUUUACUACUAAAAAAUCUAUAUCACUGUUUAUUUCUUAUGAAUGUCUAAGCGCCGAUGCACAAUUCUAAACGAACGGCAGCGUUUGCAAUAACUGUGAACGCGGACAAUUACGAAGCACGACCCUCUACUGAACACACAAUAUAAAAUGGUCGAAGUUGCAGAAAAACCAAAUUGCAAUAAUACAAAUUGAAUUUUCUCUUAUUUGUUUUUUUUUUUUAUAGACAAUUUUAUUUCGCGCUAUAUAGUACACAUGUAUGUUAAUUCAUCCGAAGUACUUUUAUACCUUUAAGUUUUAUUAGAGAAUAAUUCUUUUUAAUAAACUCAAAAUUAAAAUACUAAAUAAAAUAAAAACCAAAACCUGUUGCGUGCAACUUAAACACAAAUUUGAAAAAACGUCCGUUAGUUUUGUAAGCAAAAGUAACACAAAAGAAUAAAAAUCAACAUAGUGAACAAAUAUGAAAUAAUUUUUAUUGUCCUAAGACCUAAAUCCCAGUUUUGUACGGUUUUUGCUUCACACGCUUCUUUUUUGUGCCAUUCUUUCGUUCAGCCAACACGACCGUUUAACGAUACUCAUUUCAACGCUUACACUGCUUUUUACAACUAUUUUACUUAAUUCGAAUUGAAUAUCCAGUUUGCUAUACAAAAUAUUAUUUGAAUUUCAAGAAAGUCAGAGAAGUUUUGUUUGAGUGGUACUAUUAAAAUGUUGAACUUAAUAAGCUGUAUCAAUGACUUCAGCUCAGUUAUGGUUUUGCAAUGUUCUUUUUUCAUCUAAUCUAUCAAUUGUAAAUUAUUUUUAAUUGUAUAUUUAAGCUGUAAUUACAUACAUUUAUUUUUUGAUAGUGGUUUAGUUUAUAAUUUGACUAGUGUGAUCCUAACUGUUAACUGUACCUACCUGUUUAUUAUUAAACAACAAAAACCAAGUAAAAUAUAGAAAUACGUGUUUAGUUUCAUAAUUAUUAUUUUUAAAUUUAUUAUUAGGUAUUGUUUGGUAUUAAGUUGCUUACCGAAUAGAAAUUGGUGACUAUCGACUUUUGUUUUUACCUUCACCCCCAAAUUAUGUUAUGAUUAUUUAGUGCUUUUGAUUUCGUUGCCUAUGGAUCUAACGCGAAACGUUGCAUUGAUGGCGUUUCAAAAAUACUUAAAAACCUAUAAUUUUAAAUGUACUUUAAAUGGAACUGCGAACAGAAAAUGUAUUACGUUUAAGUGAUCUAUUGAUAAUACAUGCAUAACUAGAUAUGUAUAUGAAUGAUAUAUGGAUAUGUACUAAAUGUGAAAUAAUCAACAAAA